UAGCACAUUUCCCUGAGAACCACUGAUCAGGAUAAAGGGUGCAGAAGUUUCCUUUUUCUUUAUUAGCAUCAACAGCCAUUAUAUCAGCACAUUAUGUAUAGACCAGUCACAGCUUCCCGAACAUCUUUACCACUAUGGAUGAUUGUCCUCCUUGUGUUUGGAGUGUUGGCUAUCCUUGGAAUAACUAUUGGUCUCCUGGUUCAUUUUCUGGCUGUAGAAAAUAGGACAUACUACUAUCAAGGUAGCUUCAAAGUGCUGAAUAUCCCAUAUAAUAAAAAUUAUGAAAAGGAAACAUCACCAGAAAAUAACUAUAUUAGUAAAAUUCUUGAAACUAAAAUGGUUGAUGCAUUUCAAAGUUCUAACAUUUACAGACAAUAUAUCAAUUCUCAAGUCAUCACACUAGUUCCCGAUAACAACAGUCUGACAGCACAUAUAUGGCUGGUAUUCAAGAAUUCCAGAUCAUCGAAAGAAACUGCAAGACAAAGAAUUGAAAGCGUCUUACGUCAGAUGCUGACAAGCCACUCUGGAUCCUUGCCUACAGAUCCUGAUUCUCUGAAGCUCAUGGAAAUCAGUAAGGUUGAAGCUGAAAAGAUGAUCAACAACCGCUGUGGAAGACGACCAAGGAUGUCAGCUACAUAUGAUAGAAUAAAAGGAGGUUCCACUGCUCAAAAAGGAGAAUGGCCAUGGCAAGCAAGUGUGAAAUUCAAUGGCCGACACUACUGUGGGGCAUCCUUGAUCAGUGAGAGAUAUUUGGUAACUGCAGCUCACUGCUUUCAACGGUCAGAAAAUCCAAAAAACUAUACUGUUAGCUUUGGCACUAUAGUAAGACCCCCCUAUAUGCAACAUUAUGUUCAACAAAUUAUUAUUCAUGAAGACUACGUCAAGGGUGAGCAUCAUGAUGAUGUUGCAGUUAUACUACUCACUGAAAAAGUUGUUUUUACAAACGACGUACAUCGAGUUUGUCUUCCUGAAGCCGCAGAGAUUGUGCCACCAGGUGAAGGAGUUGUUGUUACAGGAUGGGGAGCAGUUACAUUUGAUGGUGAACCCCAAGAGUUACUUCAGAAAGCACCAGUGAAAAUUAUUGAUACAAACACUUGUAAUGCUCCAGAAGUGUAUAAUGGAAUGAUAAAGGAUACAAUGUUAUGUGCUGGGUACUUGGAAGGAAAUAUUGACGCCUGCCAGGGUGAUUCUGGAGGACCACUGGUUCAUCCCAAUUCUCGAGAUAUUUGGUACCUUGUUGGAAUAGUGAGCUGGGGAGUUGAAUGUGGAAAAAUCAAUAAACCAGGGGUCUACAUGCGAGUGACUUCCUACCGCGACUGGAUUGCCUCCAAGACUGGUGUUUAAGAGAAAAUCAUCUUGUACUAUCUAGUUCAGGACAUUUUUGACUGUUAGGCCUAAGCCAAAUUUAACAUGCUUUUAAAACUAGUGUGUGCCAUGAUUGAAAGUAUAAUGACCCUGAGGGAAUAUUUAUGAAAUUACAUGUUAAGCAAAAAUAAUAAGACAAAAUAAGAAAUCUCAUUGUUUUGGUCCCUAUUGCCUAGGCCAAUAAAGUACUCCCACCAAAAAGAACUAUUAUAAUAAUAUUUGUUUUUUAUUUAAUUAACCCACGUCAUAGUUAUCUCACCACAGCAUAAAUUUCUUGGUUUUUGUUAUUCAGAUUUUGUCAGAUUAUGAAAGUAUGUCUUUGUCCAUAGCAAAUUAGCAGGCAGAAUGAUGAGAGAUGGAUUGGAACAUGCUGUUUCUACUUUGAUGUUACAGCUUUGGUAGAUGAAACAUGGCUGUGACCUAAACCUUGUCUGAAUGUAGGUACUGAGUUACAGUCUCAUAUUUUUUUGUGGAUCUUUAUCAGUCCUUGUAAUCCUUGUGAAAUAAUAUCACCAUCAUCAAAAGUAAGCUAAACCAUGCAGUUAAACUUAUAAUAGAGACAAUAAUUUUUCAGUGUUGGUAUAGGUUUUUAUAGAAAUUCAUUACUGUAAUAUAUUUGAAAAAAUAACUAUAUACCAUUAAAUGUGUACUGUAUUUUAA